CCGCCAUCCGUCGCGCCGCCAUUGCAACGUCGCCUUUCUUCAUACACUCUUUGCUUGCUCGAAAAAAAGAAACCUGCACAUCCCUUCAACCCGUCAAAAUGAAGGUCACAGUACUCCUUGCAUUGGCCACGGCCGCCGUUGCUGACAUCAUCAACAACGAGUACCUUAAGACCGAAGUCGUUACUGAGGCCAAGUGCUCUCGCGCGACCAAGGCUGGCGACAAGAUCCACGUCCAUUACCGCGGUACUCUUACAGACGGCACCGAGUUCGAUGCUUCAUACGGUCGUGGCACGCCCUUGAGCUUCACUGUCGGCUCAGGCCAGGUUAUCAAGGGCUGGGACCAGGGUCUACUGGAUAUGUGCCCUGGUGAGAAGAGGAAACUCACCAUCCAACCCAAGUGGGCAUAUGGCGAGCGGGGUGCUGGUCCUAUUCCCGCCAACAGUGUUCUGAUCUUCGAAUCCGAGCUCGUCUCCAUUGACGGCGUUGCAAAGGAGGAGCUCUAAACAUUAUAUAUGAUCUAUGAAUGUACACUCAAGUUUCCAGUUGGAUAACUGGGUUGUGGGCAAACAACAAUGAAACACGAUACCAUGAAAUCAAUGGUCAAGAGGACCUUACAUUCAAACCCUUUCAAACAAAAACAAAAAAUACGUGUAUCUCUGCUAUACUAAAACUGGAUUUCACAGAUCGUUGGCUAACAGGUCUUAUCGUGAAUACACUAACAUGAUGUCUGCACCCAAUACGACACAUGAUUACCUCUUCUCGGUCUUUCGUUCCAC